GAGGAAGGAUUUUGGUGGCACAGCUGGGAUGGCUUAUGUGGGGACCGUGUGCUCCAAAAGUCACGCUGGAGGCAUUAAUGUGUUUGGACCCAACAGCGUGCAGGCGUUUGCGUCCAUCGUCGCUCACGAACUUGGCCACAACCUGGGCAUGAACCACGACGACGACAGGAACUGUCGCUGUGAAACAGGCAACUGUAUUAUGAACUCUGGAGCGUCCGGUGCCAGGAAUUUCAGCACCUGCAGUGAGGAAGACUUCGAAAAACUAACCCUGAACAAGGGCGGAAGCUGCCUCCUCAACCUUCCCAGGCCUGGUGAAACCUACAGCAUCCCCUACUGUGGCAACAAGCUUGUAGAUGCAGGAGAAGAGUGUGACUGUGGGUCAGUGGAGUAUCUCUCCAAGGGCACCGUGUGCCGUGAGAGCGCCAGCGAGUGCGACCUUCCAGAGUACUGCAAUGGGUCUUCAGCCUUCUGCCCUCAGGAUGUCACGAUCCAGAACGGACACCCUUGCCACCAAGACAAGGCCUACUGCUACGAUGGAGUUUGCCAGGAUUACGAGUUGCAAUGCCAGGAUAUCUUUGGGCCCCAAGCCAAGGUUGCCCCCAAAAUUUGUUUCUCGGAUGUGAACUCCAAAGGGGAUCGGUUUGGAAACUGUGGAUAUCAGAACCGUGAAUACAGGAAAUGUUCAAGCUGGAAUGCCUUGUGCGGAAAGCUGCAGUGUGAGAAUGUGGAAACCUUGCCGGUCUUUCGGAUCAAGCCUGCCAUUAUCCGAACUCCCAUCAAAGACACCACCUGUUGGGGUGUGGACUUCCAGCUAGGAUCAGAUGUGCCGGAUCCCGGGAUGGUGAACGAAGGCACCAAGUGUGCACCUGGAAAGGUCUGCAAACACUACCAGUGUGUUAAUGCGUCCGUCUUAGAUUAUGACUGUGAUACAAAGAAUAAAUGCAACGGGCACGGGGUAUGCAACAGCAAUAAAAACUGCCAUUGUAAUUCAGAGUGGGCACCUCCCUACUGUGAUUCCCCCGGAUAUGGGGGCAGUAUAGACAGUGGGCCUACUUACAAUGACAGGGAUGUUGCAACACGAAACUGGAUACUGGCGUUUGCGUUUAUAGUUCUUCCCAUCGUGAUAGCGGUACUCAUUCUUUAUCGUACGAGAAAUAAAAUAACUUCUUCCUGGUUGCCGUUCACGGACACCUGUUGCAGGUGCUUUCGCAGAUCGGAUGUCCGUAGGCAGCAGGCUGUUCGAACCGAAUGUCCACGCAACUUUCCAUAUUCUUCCAGAAGUGCAUCAUCGUCAGUGGUGGUGUCGUCCAUGGACCAGCAGCGUGUCCCGCCAAGGCCUCCACCCCCAGUGGUGAAAACGUCAAAAGCAUCGGAUCAGAUUUUCCCCUCUCGACCGGCACCUUUGCCCCCGAUAUAA